UUGUGUUUGCUUGUGUUUGUUUGCCUGUCCCGGUGACAGUUUUGUGGCUAAGAAACGCCACAGCCCUGCUUUCCCUGCCAAAUAAGGUGUGUUACAGGGAGGUGUGCAAUGCUCCUUUGCUUUGCCGACAACCCACACCGGGCUGAGGUUUGAAACAAUCCCAGCGAGGAAUUGCAGAGGGGGGGGGAAAUAAUAGUUUUUUAUUUAAUAACCCAUCCUGGCCUUCGCCUUAUUCUUUUUUUCCAAAGUAGUGGGUGAUGGACAUUGGAAAAUUGUUAUUCCCUGUGGCAAAAGAGCAAAGUCAAGCUUUGAAGUAACUUGGUUUGUCUACCAAAGUCCAAAGACAGGGAAAAAAGACACAAUCAUUCAUUUGAGCUGGGUUUUUUUGCAAUUGCGGUUUCCCCUCUGGUUUGGAUGUGAAAAGGGACUUGACUGGAAAUAGGUGCAACUGUGAGCAGCAAAGCCCAAACUGGAGCGUUUAAUUUCUCAAAGUGGUGAGCAGCUUGGUUGAGUUCCUCAACAAUGGAAAAAACAUGAGGGAGACAUCUGGAAUUUUUUUCCCCCUGUGGCUGGAAAAACAGCCUCGCUCCAAAAUUCCCCCUUAUUGUUAAUAGGUCUGCAGGGCAGGAAAGUGUGAAAAAUGCCACAGCCCACAGCACAGGAACCCCAGAAGGGGAAAAUGACUUUGAUGCUUUCUCUAGUGACCCUUGUCGCCGCCUUCGGAUCGUCUUUCCAGUAUGGAUAUAACGUCUCCGUGAUCAAUUCUCCAGCUCCGUUCAUGCAACAAUUUUACAAUGAAACGUACCAGGGACGAUACAGCGAAUAUAUGGACGAGAGCUUGAUGACAGCUCUCUGGUCUUUGAGUGUGUCCUUCUUCCCACUUGGGGGGUUCUUUGGAUCGUUGAUGGUGGGGCCCAUGGUGAACAACUGUGGCAGAAAGGGCACCCUCCUCAUCAACAACAUCUUCUCCAUCAUCCCCGCCAUCCUCAUGGGGACCUCCAAGGUAGCCAAGACCUUCGAAGUGAUCAUCAUUUGCCGCAUCAUUAUUGGCAUCUGCGCAGGCCUUUCUUCCAACGUGGUCCCCAUGUACCUUGGGGAGAUGUCCCCCAAAAACCUUCGCGGCGCUAUCGGGGUGAUGCCGCAGCUGUUCAUCACGGUGGGGAUCCUGGUGGCUCAGAUUCUCGGCAUGAGGAUGAUCCUCGGGAGCGCCGAAGGUUGGCCAGUCCUCUUGGCUCUUACGGGAGUCCCUGCCGCGUUGCAGCUUUUCUUACUGCCAUUUUUCCCCGAGUCUCCCCGAUAUCUGCUGAUCCAGAAAGGCGACGAAGAGGGCGCAAGGACAGCUUUAAGGAAGCUGCGAGGCUCGGAUGACGUGGAGGACGAGAUGGAGGAGAUGCGGCAGGAAGACCAAGCGGAAAAAGCCGAAGGGCGGAUGUCGGUGUUGACCCUCUUCACCUACCCGGGCCUCCGCUGGCAGCUCAUCUCCAUCGUCGUCAUGAUGAUGGGGCAGCAGCUUUCUGGGGUCAACGCGGUGUAUUACUACGCGGACCGGAUUUACUCCAACGCCGGGAUUGCGGAAAGCCGCGUUCAGUUCGUCACAGUGGGAACGGGAGCCGUCAACGUGGUGAUGACUAUCAUUGCGGUCUUUAUCGUCGAGGCUCUGGGACGAAGGAUUUUGCUUCUGGCUGGUUUCGGGAUCUGCUGCGUUGCCUGUGCAGUGCUAACCCUAGCCCUGAACCUCAAGGCGAUCUGGUGGAUGCCUUACCUCAGCAUUGCCUGUGUAAUCGUUUACGUCAUGGGACACGCCAUUGGUGCAAGCCCCAUUCCCAGCGUUAUGAUAAUGGAAAUGUUUCUGCAGUCCUCUCGCCCCGCAGCCUUUAUGGUAGGAGGGUCAGUCCACUGGCUGUCGAACUUCACCGUGGGGCUGGUUUUCAGCUACAUGGAGCGAGGGCUCGGUCCUUACUGCUUCCUAAUUUUUUGUGCCAUCUGCCUGGCCACCGCCGUCUACGUCUUCCUCAUUGUCCCCGAAACCAAGAACAAAACCUUUAUGGAAAUCAACCAGAUCAUGGCCAAGAGGAACGGUACCGAAGAUCAGGCCGAGAAAGACGAAUUGAAGGAUUUCACCGCCGUUUCCAUCCCGUACAGCAGGAAAGCCGACGGGGAGAGAAGCAGCGCGGUGUAAGGUCUUGGCAACCGCCAAACUACCCCGUGUAAAUCGAGCCUUAUUAAGCUUCUCUGGUUUGCGACGCGCCUGGCGUCUCUUCCCCUCACUGCGGACGAGGGGAAGAAUCCUCAAAAUCUUAAAAAUUUUCAAGCAGAAAAUUGCCAUUUUUCAGCCGUUGCCCGGAGUUAGCGGGAUUUGGGGUGGAAUAAGACCCUGUUUUGGAAGAGAUUCAGCUAAUAUUGGUGCGUGCUGGAAGAAAUGAGUUUUCAACCGGCCGGACCUUAAAAUAAUUAUCAGUAUUUUUUUUAAAUUGUUCUUGAAUAUAGAUGCAUUUGGGCUCUCUAUGUGGGAGCAUGUAAAUAAUUUUCGCUUCUGUUCUUAGAUAACACCCUAAUUUAACUGGGGAAAGAGACCCCCUACCUACCCUUGCUCAUGUGAGAGGUGCAUUCUGUGACACACACACACACCCACAACCUCUCCCCCAGGGUGUAUUAGAUCAAAAGGCUCAUUUUUCCCCAGACAGGUCAAUCCUGGCUGUCUAUUAUAACACAACUGCAUUUUGCGAGUUUUGUGCUACAGGGCGGUGGUCUCUUUUCAAGUGUUCCUUUUUACCCCAAUCUACAGAUCCCUGCAUUCAAGGUAAGCUUGCUGGAGAUUUGGGAGCCCACUUGAGAAAAAUAAUUUCCAUCUCUGGGGAUAUUUCUACGUUGAGUUUAACUUAGGCUCCUACCAAUCGGCCAAUUUUUCUAUUUUUUUUAACCAUUUUUAUUUUUGUUUUCCAAAACAAAAUGGGUUGAUGGGUUGUUUCCCUUGCAAUCAGAAUUGACCCUUUUCAAAGCCAAGCUUUUUUUUUU